ACUGAGCACUGACAUGCCGUGGAAUUGUGACUUCAGACAGGCAAGGUGGCCCUCACAUGCAGUUCUGCUUCCAGGCAGAAGGGGGCAGCUGUGAGUAAUCUCAGCCACUUUGCAAGCUAUUAAAUGUUGUUGCAUCACUAAAAUGUACCAAAGUGUGUGAAAAGGUCAAAUGGGACACAGGAUCUGACAAGGCUGUCCAUUCACUGAAAAAAAAGAUGAGUGACUUUUCAGAAACUGGGGAUGAAACUGACUUUCCUCCACCGUAUACUAUACCAGUGGACAUAAGUGCAGAUGAAGUGAGGAUGUACAACCUGCAUACACCUUUCAAACCGCCCCCAACAACUAGAGCACAAUCUGUUUACAAAACCCAUUUCCCCACGGCUGCCAAGUCAAAUUCUUCAACUUUACAAAAGUUUGUCAGCUAUGAAACUGAACUGGGACGUUCACCAGGACGAACUACUUGCCCUUACUGUCAGCAGCAGGUCACAACUGACGUCAGCUACAAAACUGGUACCUUUGCGUGGCUUAUGUGCUUGCUCUUCAUCCUGUGUGGAUUGGUGAUUGGCUGCUGCUUGAUCCCCUUUUUUGUCAAAUACUUCAAAGAUGUGUAUCACGGCUGUCCAACAUGUCACCAGAUUCUUCAUGUUAACAAAAAGUCUUGCUGCUAAACCAGCUCUUUAGAUGUGCAAAGAUAGCCUUUGGUGACCAUUAUCACUUGCUGCCCUUUUGAAAGUCCCCUGUAUUUAUUACUUGUUUGUUUAAAUGCAUUUGUUCAAGAAAUCAUGCACUUACUUGUAAAAUGGCUUGGUCCACUGGCUUUUUUUUGCCUUUUAAGCUACACAAUAUUAUCGCUACCUUUACUAUGCCAAGUAGUCUAUCCAAGAACAAGACUUGCAGUUUUAUUUUUAUAUUUAUACAUGUGAUCACUAUGUGCAUAUCCAACAAUCUACUUGCUAAUAUUUUAAGAAAUGUGAUAUUUAGAUAAAAAGCAAGGAAUAAUUAUUCUUCUUCUAAUCUUGUAAGUUUUUUGUUGUAACUGUAUUUUUCUCAGUCAGUUGCCUCCAAGGUAAUUAAAUGACAGUAACUAAGAAAAAAGGAAACUUUAAAAAAAUUAAAGUAAAAUCUUCAGCUCCA